AUGAGACAAGCGCCUCAUGAUCGAUUCGCACUUUCCACCAGUACCAGAAAUAGGAUAGCACUAAACAGUUCUCACACUUGGUCUGGAUAUUGCGCUAUUUACACGCAAACCUCGAAAUCUGUCCUGGUCCCAUCUUUGAUUAGAAUUGCUGUUCCCGAUCACACUAGUGAUAACUGCAGUGCUGGCACCAUGUUCCAAGAUUGGGGAUUGUGGUUCCAUGAAG